AUGAUUAUAUUAUUGUCUUUAGUACACUAUUCAAUGUGUGGAGGAGACAUAGGUACAACAGAUGAAUCUUUACAAACUACAAUACAUGAAAUGAAUAUUACAACUGAUAAAAUAGAUCAACAAACAAUACAUCAAGUAAUUGAGACAACAAAUAUGAUUGAUCAAAUAAACGAUGAAUUAAAUCAAACAAUCAAUUAUAUAAAUGAAAUAACAGAAAUGAUACAUAAUGAACAGAAUAUAACAUUGAAUGAAAUAAAUGAAACAAAUACUAUUCAACCUAUUUUAGAGACAACUUUAUCAUCUUUAAACAAUAUAUUAUCAUCUUCAAUAGAAUCUAAUCUAACUACUAUUUCUUCUUAA